CAUGGUUUUUGUUUGUUUUUAUUUUGCUUUGCUACUGCGACGAAAUUAAUUUGAAGAGUUAAAAUUUAAGAAAUUGCAAUGUCUGAGGAUCAAAAUUCCGAUUCUUCUACUUCUGAGUCGGAAGUAAGUGCUUGUAGUUCAAGUUUUGACCCGAUGAAAGUGUUGUAUUCGCGUAAGACGAAGGUGCCGGUGGCUAAAGCCCCCAUGUUCGAGAACAUCUAUCAAUUUGAUGCUGCUCAGAAUAAAAAUAAUGAAAUAAUACCAGUAGGUAACAGCGAAUUAGUGCAACAAAGGGAAGAGAAAAAAAUUGCAGAAAAGUUGCAGAAGGAGAAAGAAGUUGAAGAAUUUAACAAGCAGCGGUUUAGCCAGUACCAAGGGCUCACGUCUGUACCAAGGAAGCAGAAAGCCGCAAAGAACGUUUUGACAAGACUGGGUAACAUGGAAGGACCUCUUGCAGCCCUGAAAGACUGCGUAGACCGAAGGAUCCGGAUUCAGGUGGUGACCCGCCACGCGUCAGGCGUGCGGGGGGUGCUGCACGCGACCCUGGUGGCCUUCGACAAGCAGUGGAACCUGGCGCUCAGCGACGUGCUCGAGGUGUGGAAGCGCAAGGGAGUGAAGAAGAGGAAGAUACCGCCGGCACUGGGUACCCCAGUGCCCAGAGGCACGGCGGCGUCCAUCUUCCCCGUGCCCGUGGUCACCGAGACGCCGCUCGGGGGCGGCGUGUGGGAGUGCACGAGGCACCUGCCGCAGCUGCUGGUGAGGGGCGAGCACGUGGUGCUGGUCAACAUCGUGGAGCGGUGACAGGAGUGACCCCUCUAUAUGAUGAAAAACGAGGGUUCGGAACGCU